GGGGAGGGCGGAGGGGGCUGGCGAGCGGCUGGGCGGCCGUGCAGUCCGGAGGGCUAGCGGCAGAGCCGGGCGGAGCGGAAGCGAGCCCCGCGGGCAUCCGCACGGACGGGACGGGACGGGACGGGACGACUCGGGAGGACGGGCUGACUUUCCCUCUGCCCACGCCCGGCUCGUGAUUUCCUUUGCUUGAGGUGAUCUCCUGGCUCAAUAAUGACCCUGAGACCUUCCCUCUGACCAAAAGCAGUGCUGAGCCCUAGUCUCCUCAUACAGGUGCCUCCGUUUACCCUAAGGCAGCCAAACAAAAUGCCCUUUAAUGAUGAAAAACGCUCAGUGAAUGAUGAUCCCACCAGCGACUCCGACUCUUCCCGUAUGUCCGAGAGCACGGCUUCCCUCAGUGACUACGAGUGUUCCCGGCAGAGUUUCACGAGCGACUCCUCCAGCAAGUCCAGCUCUCCUGCCUCCACAAGCCCACCCAGAGUGGUGACCUUUGAUGAAGUGAUGGCUGCUGCCAGGAAUAUCUCCAACAUGACUCUUGCCCACGAGAUCGCCGUCAAUGAGAACUUUCACAUCAAACAGGGAGCCCUGCCCGAGAACAGCCUGGCAGGUCGAGUCAAGCACAUCGUGCACCAGGCUUUCUGGGACCACCUGGAGGCGGAACUCAAUGAAGAUCCUCCUGAGUAUGAACACGCCAUCAAACUUUUUGAAGAAAUAAGAGAGACUCUUCUCUCCUUCCUGACUCCUGGUGGAAACCGGCUCCGGACUCAGAUUAGUGAAGUUCUGGACACCGACCUUAUCAGGCAGCAGGCCGAGCAUCAUGCCGUGGACAUUCAAGGACUGGCCAACUACGUCAUCAGUACCAUGGGCAAGCUUUGUGCUCCCGUCCGGGAUGAUGACAUCAAGGAACUCAAAGCCACUGGCAAUAUUGUGGAGCUGUUGAGGCAAAUAUUCCACGUGCUGGACCUCAUGAAGAUCGACAUGGUCAAUUUUACCAUCAAGAGCCUUCGACCCCAUCUUCAGCGCCAGUUGGUGGACUAUGAAAGGACGAAAUUCCAGGAAAUCUUAGAAGAAACCCCCAGUGCUCUAGAUGUCACAAAGGAGUGGAUAAAGGAAUCUGUCAAUGAAGAAUUAUUUUCUCUUUCGGAAAACGCUUCCUCUCCUGGGGCUGAGAGCAGCUCCAGACCCAACCUGAGCCCAACCACGGUGCUGAACAACAGUUACUUGAAGCUGUUGCAGUGGGAUUAUCGGAAGAAGGAAUUGCCCGAGACACUAAUGACAGAUGGAAGCCGUCUGCAGGAACUGACAGAAAGGCUAAAUCAGCUGAAGGUUAUCGCCUGCCUGUCACUAAUCACCACCAAUAUGGUGGGCACCCUGAUAGAAGGCUUGCCUGAGCUCUCAGACCGUCUGAAAAGGAUUUCCACUGUUUUACUUGAAGGAAUGAACAAAGAGACUUUCAACCUCCAGGAGGCCUUGAAUUCCGUGGGCCUCCAGACCUGUGUGGAAGUCAACAAGUCCCUGGCAGAGAGAGGCUUAUCCACACUAAGUCCUGAGAUUCAGGCCAAUCUCAUUGGUCAACUCUCCAGCAUCGCCGAGGGCAACCCUAUCUGCUCCCUGAUUGAUAAACGAAUUCAUCUGUAUAUGAAGAGUCUUCUCGGUCUUCCAAGCCAUCAGAAAUGCAUGCCCCCCAUACCCGGGGGUCUCAAUGUUAUCCAGUCUGAGCUGGAGACUCUGGGCUCUCAGUAUGCGAACAUUGUAAACCUUAAUAAACAAGUUUACGGACCCUUUUAUGCAAAUAUUCUCCGAAAACUCCUCUUCCUCGAGGAAGGAGGCCGAACGGCAGACACUGACUCUCCCAGCAACUAGUAGUAGCGAGCUGGAGUUGGAAAGAAGACUGGCCACAAAGUCAUCGGCCCUCGGUCCUUUCCCUGAACAUGCAUUACAAGGACUGCGGCAUAUUCCCUGUACCCCUGUCUGUGUUUUGGGGUUACCUAGAAUCUGUAACUCCUUUCCUGCUAGUUACAGGGCAUAUGCCUGUCGCACACCUUGCCCCCCAACAUUCUGUCCCUCUUUGAAAACUUAUUGGAAGGAAACCAUGAUUUUUUUUUUUUUUUUAAGAGAGACUUCUGAAGGACAGGAAGCAAUUUAUAAUGGAUUCUAUCACCUGAAUGUGAUAUUUUUGUUAAGGUUUCUACAAUCCGUGAUCCUAAUAGCAUUAAUAUCAGUCUUCAUUACCUAGAUUCCCAGACCAGGCGUUAUCGCUCCUAGCUUGUCCCUUACAGAGUCUGAUUUUUAUUUUGGCACAAUUUGUGAGAGGGUUCCAGGUCGAGAGCGGUGAGGGCCUUCACUAAAGGGAUGUAGAAAUCCCUCUCAUUAAACAUACUGGCAAAAUGAAGUAAGUCAACACAAUUGCAGCUGAAACACAUUCUUUUUUUAAUUUUUUAAUAGGUAAGAGAAGUUUCCAUAGGAUUUCCCCCUUCCCUGGGAUCUGAGCACUUACCUGGAAGGACUGACUUGACGAAUAUCGAGUCACUUUUUACAUUGCCAGCUGUCAGUAUUUGUAUCUGAUUGGAAAUCUUUGAAAGCCAUGUUGUUUUGACGUCAUCGAAAGACCACUAGGGUGUAGCUUGUUUGAAAACUAAUCACUUCUAAGAAAUUUUAUGCUGGAGGAUUCAUCUUCUUUACGUGCAACCGGUGGAAAAAUCUGCAAGAAGUCAGCUUUCUCUGCGAUCUGAGCUGUGGCUAAGAGGCUCCUUGCAGAUCUCAGCAAAUCAGAUGGAAAAAAUGGAAGAGAAGUUGCCUUUUAAAGGUAGCCUUGGAUUGCCAGAAAUUGCUUGGGACAAUAAAAGAAAGAGGGAAAGGGACUGUAUAAUCCCAGGUGAUGAUCUGGGAUGUUGCCAAGCAGCAAACCAUGGGUUUUUGUGUGUGUGUGUGUAUGUGUGUGUGUAUGUGUGUGUGAAAUUUACAUCUGAAAAGAGAAAAAAAUGAACUUGAGCUUCUGUAUCACUUAACCUUGAUAUCUAUUAAUCUACAUUAUGCCUCUUAUUUGUAUCGUUCAAGAUUCAGAAUACUUUGAGAAGCUGGGCCCUUGUGGACCUUUGGUUUUUAAAGACAACUGCAUGUUAAAGAAUUCUGCAUUGGUCUUCACUGAGAAUCAGGGAUAAUGCACCAGCAUUAGGAUGGGUCUCCUGGGGGGAUCACUCCUCUUGUACAAAACCAUUUCUUGAUGGGUGAUUUUCUUGAACUCCUCAGAGCACCAGUUAAUGGGAUUGAAUACAUACUCUUUUGUAGCUUAGGGGAUUGUCUGUGUGUGAGAAGGGAGGUCUUUAGUUAUCAUGUUACUUCCUCCCCUUCUCAAGUCUUUUUAUCUAUCUUCUCCAUCACCAUCACUGCUGUUCCCCUGUCCCCCCAAAAUAUGCUCCUCUAUUUGGGAAUAUAACUGCUUUAUGAUAUUGAAAUUUAAAGAAAAUGGCAGGAUAAAUGAGAUAUCUCUGAUUUUUAUAUGCCCAAAUCUGAGCAUAUUUACUUAACUUUUCUCCCUGAAUGACCAAUUAAAAUUGUACGCCAUCUUCAUGUGGGCAGUUGUCCAAAUGGAACUCUCUUCACGGGCACAGCGAGGUACUGUGCCCUUCCUCUCUUCCUGGUAUAGCUUCCAUUCAGUAACGUGCUGAAUAGAACUCGGUGUUUCUUGUAUUCUCUGUCCCGUUCUUUGCCCUGCCCACAUUAAGGGCCUCGAGGGGAUGGAUCCAGUAAACCAUAUUUUAUCUCUUCCAGUAAGUGACCAUCCUGUUUAAAACAGGGAGAUAAAAGCAGAGCAUGUUUUUACCAUAAAAUCUGAAUCCAGUUGUGAUUCUUUUAUGCACUUAAUUUAUAUCGCAAGGAAAAACAAUUUACACUUUUAAAAUAAAUUACAUUUAAAUAAAGGGCAUUUUAUUUUUUAAAAGUGGCAAAAUGAAUUUGUCUCUGGAUUAAGGCAACUUGCAUUGACUAAGGUGUCUCAGUCCCCAUCUUCCUGGAUGCCUUUCAUCCUAACGUUGCUUAAACGUUGGCUUCCAUUUUAGAGUUUCUUAACAAGGUCACGUUUUGCUAUGCAAGGUUUAUUAAAUGUAAAACUAAUAUUUUAAUGUAAUGCUUAAAUUCUGUUUGUGAAAAUUUUGGCAAAAACUUGUUCCAUGCAAGCUGGCAAAAUAUGUUGGGUUUUUUUCAGUUAAAUAUUAAAGCAUUGACUUAAAAAAUAA